AUGGAAACUGCUACAAUCGUACAUGAACCUGCCCUCCCGCGUACUUGGAGGACAGACGGGAACCUACGUUACGAGGUUGCGAUGAACAGCAUCAUCAUAACCCUCAACGUUGCAGCGAUCUUGCAUAUGGCUAUGAGAACCCACCAGAUUCCCGUAGAUGAAAACGUUUCGGGACCUGUGAUGAUUUUCACUAGUACGUACGCACUUGCCAUCCUAUUUAACGGCCUGUUGUGGCUUGAAGCAUGCGAUGAUGAUUCAUUAUUAUGUGUUACUUACUUCGUGGGACGCUUAUGUCACACGUUCGGCUUCUGUAUCUUCCUCUGCCUCAUCUAUUCUAUUUCUCACUUGACCCUAUACAUUACUCUACCUUGUUUGCUAUGGUUCAUACCAGCCAUGAUUGCACCGUGUUGUCCCCAACUAUGGAGAGGAGAGCCAGCUUGGUGGAACUUUGUCAAGCAACCACAAUCGACAGCUACUAUUGUUUAA